AUGGCGUCUGACGAUCGAGCUUCUAGGCCCCCACCAGCCCAACCUCUACCAGCGCAGCUGGCAAGCGGGCACCCUCAGGAGGACCGCAUAGCGGCAGCCUUCAACCUUUUCUGGACACGGUGGCAAACCAUACUGGCACAAAACCGAGCAACCACAGUGGUCACCCAACUGUCCGCCACCUCCUCUGCAAGGGUUCCAGCUCUUAAAAGCAUAACUAUGCCACCAACCAACAUAACGCAGCAGAAGGCAACAAGAGCCCCACUUAACCCUAACGACCGCAGACCAAGCACCCGAUACCGCAAGCCCGGGUACCGACGGGCUCGGAGAGCCACUACACACAGCCUGCCGCCCCACAAACUAAAAUGGUGCACUCGAGGGGCCUAUGCCCGGCCUACACCAGACGAAGCCAAGAAAGCCUGCCAACGCUCAACCCACAAGCAGUGA